AUGUCUUUUUCCCGCUUGGUCGCCUCGAUUUUAUGCAGUACCUUUCACCAGGUUGCUAGGCUACUCUUAAUUCCUCUCUUCCGAAACUGUCCCUCCUUACUCUUUGCAUUGCAUGAAAAAAAAGAUAACCCUAGACUUGCAAUAAUCAAAUUUAGUUCAUUUCUCUCUUUCUUUCUCCAGAUUCAUGGCGACGUUUUCUUUUAUUCAUUCUAUCUAAUAUUAUGUUUUUUAUUAUUUUUUGAGUCUUUUCUAUUUUUCUUUCCUUUUCUUCCUUUCUACAUUUCUUUGUUUUUGUUGAUUCUUUCUUUCUUUCUUUCUUUCUUUCUUUCUUUCUUUCUUUCUUUCUUCGUUGUUCCAUUCUUUCUUUGGGGAUUAUUUUUUAUUUAUUUUUUUCUUUUCUUUUUUUCAUUCGUAAUUCCUUCUUUCUUUUUUGAUUGUCUUUUCUAUCUUUUUAGUUGGAUUAUAUUUCUUUCUUUCUUUCUUUCUUUACUAGGAUUAUAUUUCUUUCUUUCUUUUCUAGGAUUAUAUUUCUUUCUUUCUUUUCUUUCUUUUCUAGGAUAUUUCUUCUUUUCUUUCUUUUCUAGAAUUAAAUUUCUUUCUUUCUUUCUUUUCUUUCUUUUCUAG